AUGCCUCGAGAACUCAAUGCAAUGCCACGAAGAACUGCUAGAGCUGUGUUCUUUUUGACGUAUGAUACUGGGAAGGAGAUUCUUCGGCGACGAGGCUUACAUAGUACAGCCGUCCACGUUCUUAGCGCUUCUUUAGGUGAAAUGGUGGCUUGUUUAAUCCGAGUGCCGGUUGAAGUGCUGAAGCAGAGGCAACAAGUCGGACAUCACGCAAACGUUCUCGAAGCUCUAAAAUUCGCUUUUAAAACUGACGGAGUCAAAGGCUUAUAUCGGGGAUACUUGAGUACGAUCUUCCGGGAACUUCCUUUUUCGGCACUUCAGUUUCCGCUUUGGGAAGCCAGCAAGGUGUCAUUGGCACGUUAUAGAGGACGUGAUCAGCCCACUGCGAUCGAGGCUGGAAUUUGUGGUGCAAUUGCCGGAGGAUUCAGUGCAGGUGUCACUACUCCUUUGGACGUGGCCAAAACGCGGAUCAUGUUGGCUGUGAAUUCCCACGAGGCCAAACUUGCUCAGGGAAGAGUUGACGUUGCUGUGGCGCUCGUGUAUAGAGAAAAAGGCAUCAAAGGGUUGUUCGCUGGUGUGGUUCCGCGUGUCAUUUGGAUCUCCGUCGGUGGCGCUAUUUUCCUUGGUGUUUACGAGAAAGUGAAACAUGUUUUGGAUGGUUUAUGA